UGAGGGUCCUCCGUCCAGCAGGGGGCCCCACAGCCCCGCUCCGGGACCCGGGUUAAGGGUCACUCCCAGGACCAGGGUAGACCAGUCGUAAGCAUGGCGCAGGGGAAGCAGAAGUUUAAACCUCAGCCGGGGGGAGCAAAGAAGCCCAACAGCAAGCCGAAGGGGAUGAGGAAGGGAGCGAGGACCAUUGCCCCUAAGAAGGCCAAGGUCGUGGCGCAACACAAGCUGAAAAACAUCCUGGAGGUGGCCAUCAGGAAUAAGAUCGAGCAGGACGUGACCCAGAACGCCAGCACCAAGCUCCACAAACGGCUGAGCGUCCUCAAAAUGCCCGCCACUAAAGGCCCCAAGCUGCCCGCUGGAAACUCCAAGAUCUGAGGACCCCAUCCCCUCCAGGUCCACCUGGAGACCCCUGGACCUCCAUUUAGACCUGGAGACCCCUGGACCUCCAUUUAGACCUGGAGAACCCUGGACCUCCCCCUUCGGUCCACCUGGAGACCCCAGGACCUCCCCCUUCGGUCCACCUGGAGACCCCAGGACCUCCCCCUCCAGGUCCACCUGGAGACCCCUGGACCUCCAUUUAGACCUGGAGACCCCUGGACCUCCCCCUUCGGUCCACCUGGAGACCCCUGGACCUCCCCCUUCGGUCCACCUGGAGACCCCUGGACCUCCCCCUUCGGUCCACCUGGUGACCCCAGGACCUCCCCCUUCGGUCCACCUGGAGAACCCUGGACCUCCCCCUUUGGUCCACCUGGAGACCCCUGGACCGCCCCCUUCGGCCCAUCUGGAGACACACCCCAAUGGACUCCAGAUGUUCCUGAGGCCCAGUGCGUUCCAGGCUGAGUCCACUUUGAUAACGUUCAGAAUCUAAUGCUCCUUGUUUAAUCUUUGAUCAAAGUCUGAGCAGUGUGUUUAAAUAUAUUUGAUCACCUCUAUAUAUAGCCUACUACUAUGCAUUUUUUUGUAAUUAAAAUAUAGUGGUUGUCA